AUGGCGGUUGUUGAUCAGAUCGAAUUGAAGGCCAUCUCGUGUAAGGGCGUGAAGUCCUUCAACCUCUUCCAGAAGACUUGCCUCUCGGCCGCCGUCUUCUUGUCGUUCGCCGAUGCCGACCGCCCCCGUCGCACCCAGCGCCUGCAGACCACCGUCGACAGAGACGGCGGCGAGAACCCCGAGUGGGACCAGCCCAUGCGGUUCGACCGCGACGGUGACGACCUCGUCCUCGAGUUCGAGCUCAAGGACCACGGUGGCCUCCUCCCCGGCGACAAGAUCGUCGGCCGGGCCAGCGUCCCCAUCGCGGACCUCGCCGCGGAGCGGGUCCCCGGGGCCUUCCGCCGCGUCAGCUACCAGCUGCUCGCCCCCGACGGCAAGCCAAAUGGCAUUCUCUCCUUCGCGUACCGGAUCGACGGCCGGGGCGCUGAUAUCGCUCCGCCGCCGCCGGAUUUCUUGCCCACCGUCGCGGUGUUAGGUUAUAUGCCGCCGCAUGAUCCCCCGGCCAUACCGCCGCCGUUAGUUUAUUGCCCGCCGCCCGGGUCAAAUUCCAUGUAUCCUCCACCUGUUCCCACAGCCACGGCCCCGGUGUUGAGCUAUACCGCGCCGCCAGGAUCUAGUCCCAUGUAUCCUCCGUUGCCGCUGGAACCGGCAUGGUCGAUGCAUCCGCCUCCACCACCGUCAGAAUCGAUUUGGUCGCCCUGUCCUCCGCCGCCUUCCGGAGCGAAUUGGUCUAUCUAUCCACCAGCUCCGCCGCGACCGGAACCGAAUUGGCUGCUGUAUCAUCCGGCAGCAGAACCGGCGAUCUCGUACUCUGCACCGUCACCGCUGGAGGCGCCAACGUAUCCUCCGCCUCCGGGCCCGGCGGCGACGGGUUACGCGGAUUUUGACCAGCGGCACGUUGCGUAUGGGUGGAUGACGGACGGUUGGCAUCCGGGGGCGUAUGGUCGCUAG